CACUGUUAACCCUUUUCUGUAUACGGAAAGAAUGGUUGGAAACCGAUGCUGACGACGUCAGUGUUAGAAUAAAUUUCGCAACGCUAAAGUUUUUUCAAACUUGUUGAUCCAUAUUUCCAUGUAUUUUGCACUUUUGUAAUCUUAACACACAUCUGACAAAAGCGUAUACAUGAUAUAUAUACAUAUACCAGAUGUUGAAACGCUUACAGUGUUCCACAGGUUGCGGUACAUAAUAGAUCGAUGUCUUAUUCAAUUUCUACAUGAAGCCUCUUAUUAGAGGAUCAAAAGUGUAAAUCAAAGAAAUUAGAAGUAUGAAUAGAAAUUUGUUCAACGCUGUUCUAGCUUUCUGUAUUAUAAGCUUGUCAUAUGCUCGGGAUACGAUUGAGGGAACCAUUGUUUUCGCAAAUAUCCUGUAUAGACAUGGAGAUAGGACACCCAUGAGACCUUAUCUUAAUGAUCCCUAUAACAAUGAAAGUUUGUGGCCUGUCCCAUUUGGUCAGUUAACAAAUCUUGGGAAAUACCAACAUCUACUACUUGGCCGUUGGGUUCGCAAACGUUACUCGCAUCUACUAAGCAAUUUAUAUUCUCCGUAUGAUAUUUAUAUUCAAAGUACAGAUACAGAUCGUACUUUGAUGUCAGCAGAAGCUCAUCUUGCUGGUCUGUAUCCACCAAUUGGUAACGAAGUAUGGAACAGUAUCAUCAAAUGGAUGCCUAUUCCAGUCCAUACUGUCCCAGAAGAAAAGGAUAGUAUAUUAGCUGCUAGAAAAUAUUGUCCUAGAUACGAUCAUGAAUUAGAAAAGGUUCUUAAUUCUCCAGAAUUAAAGAGAAUACAUAAAGAAAAUAAGAAAUUAUAUCAAUAUUUAACAGAAAAGACAGGGAAUAAAAUUUCCUCCUUAAGAUCUGUUGAACAAGUGUACGAUACAUUGUUCAUUGAGAAUCUUUACAAUAAAACAUUACCAGAAUGGACAAAAUCAGUAUUCCCUGAUAAACUUAAAUCCCUUGCUGCAAAAAGUUUCACAGUUAGCGCUUAUAAUAAAAUACUUCAAAGAUUAAAAUCAGGAUUGUUGCUUGGAGAAAUGAUAGAACAUAUGGAAAGAAAAUCAAAAAAUGCUUUAGUACCAGAUAGAAAAAUAUGGAUGUAUAGUGGACACGAUGAAACCUUAGCGAAUAUGUUAAUGACUCUUAAAGUAUUUGACCCACACUGCCCACCAUAUACUGCUACCAUGCUUUUGGAACUAAGAGUAAAUUUAAAGAAUCAGUAUUUUGUAACGGUUUCUUAUAAAAAUAGUAGCGAAGAACCAACACUUUUAACGCUACCUGGUUGUAUCGCAUAUUGUCCUUUAAAUCAAUUUAUUGCAUUAACAAAAGAUGUCGUACCCGUGAAUUGGGAAAAAGAAUGUGCAGUCGAGUGGGAUAAACUUGGAUAUAACAUAAAUACAACAGCAGUAAUUGCGAUUCUGACGUCCUCGAUACUAAUGUUAGUUUUACUAGUGUUAUCUAUAAUUGGCUUUAUUUAUUGGCAUUAUAAACGAGAACACAACCAGUAUUACCUCCGAUUAACAACGGAUCCUAUAUAAUUGAAUAUAGUAUUGUUGAGCAUAAUAUACAUAUUACGUCUACCGUAACAAUCAAUGUCUUCAUAAUUAGACGAUUAACAAAACUAAGGAAAAUUAUAAAUUCACAUUUGAUUUGACGUACAUUAAGAAAAAAAUUGCUAACACGAGCAAAAGUCUGAUACAUCUCUAAAAUACAAAUUUAGGAGAAAAAAAAAUUUUUAUACACUUUAGACAUUUCUUAUCACUGAUAAAAUAUUUCAGUUUACUAAAUACAGGUAAAUACAUCGAUACGUAUUUAAUUGUUUGCAAAUCUAAAUCGAUGAAAAAUAAAGAAUAUAGCUGAUAAGGAAGGAAACAGUAGACAAAAUGAUAAGACAACUUUUAUAAGAAUUUUUAAUGAUCUGAUAAAACUAUUAGAUUCUUAAUUAUUUUUGUGAUUGCAAAGCACUAUAUUACUUAAAUUGAUUUCUAGAAACAUAAAAAUGUUAUCUGUGAUUUUUAAAAAUAUGGAAAGGUGAUCUAUAAAAACGUUUACGAAUUAAUUACAGAAGAAGUAUUAAAAGUUAUUUGCUAAUUAAUAAUGUAUGGUAAUACAGAGGAAAGAUAACAGUUUUAAUGAUAUAUUGAUAAAAGAUAUUUUUCUAUAAAUUCUUUAAAACAACUGCAUUAUUUUACAUUUUUUCACUCAGGGUGCACAUUAUUUACCAUACAUUAUAUUUAUAUAAUUAAAUUAACAUUUAUUCAAUUUUAUUGUACAUUGUAAUUGAAUUUGUAUUGAUGUCAAGUAUAAAACAUUUAAAUAUUAUAAAAUCUAAAGAUAUGUUUGCCAUAGUUUACGAAAUGUCUAGUCAUACUAUUCUUAAGUUACAAGAACUAAAGAGAAAUAUUACUUUUAAAUAGAAACAUAUGUCUUAACCUUUUUAUCUUUAGUUUCAAAAUAACUUGUGAACAAUACGUUCGAAACACGCGACGAAUUAGACUUAAAAAAAAAAUAGACAAUACUCAAAACCAAAAAAUGAAUUACGUUUUGCCUGAGUCGAAUAUUGGUUUAAAAUUUUUUCUAACUCAACUAUUUUCCUCUAUAAUAUGUAAUUGAUUGAUAUUAUGAUAUAUGUACAAAUAUAAAUCGUAUCGAAUUUGAAAUAUUUUUGUGACAUUUGAAAGUGAAUAAAACAAAUAUUUAAAAC